UUUCCCCCCCCCCCCCCCUGGAUUGUUUAUUGCACGCGACGACGUGGCUCGCCGAAUGCUGGAUGUUGAUAGUGUUUUUUUUGGGGGGGGGGGCUUUUUUUUGGCACGACUUUGCUGCCCUCUUGGCCGCUGUCGCGAAGCAAUGUGCGGAGUGCACGUGGGCGCGUCUGGAUAGGUGCGCCAGUCGGGGACGAAGGAGAGGUGCGGGAGCGGAGUGGGCAGGUGGACGGAGAGGCGCGAGGGGUCUGUUUUUUUUUUUUUUUUUGGCUGUCCGUCCGGAGCAGCGGGUGCUCGGAUAUCAGCCGGCGCGGCUCUGUGUCGCGCUGUCUCUAGGCCCGUACGCUGCUCCGCCUCCGGGGGGAAAGGGAGGGAAGGAGAGAGAUUAGAUAUUUAGAGGAGGGGCACGACGUCGCUAAUAGGGUCCGCGCGGGCGAGUCUGUCGAGCCGCAGCGGACGGGCAAAGACGCGCGCGAGGCGCGAAGUGGGCGACGAGCCGGGCUGGUGUAGACAGCCCCGUGCGUGUGGCGCCGGGCCAUGUACACAGCCGUAGCAUACGGCGUGCCGUGAGGACUAUAUUUACAAGCUGCUUUCCCGACUACCGCGUUCCAUCC